AGCUUACCAAAACCAACCUCUUUCCCUCCCACGCUCCUCAGAAUUCGACCGUUAAAUUUAUAUGCCCCAAAAACUAUACACCCAUUGGAACCAACCCAAAAGCUUCUCUCUUUGCUUUCACACACACAGAAAGAGAGAGAGAGGCCAUCAUCAUCUUCUUCUUCUUCUUCUUCUUCUUCUUCCAUUGCCCAAGAACAUAUUUUUUUAGUUCAUCUCUUUCUCCUCCAUUGUGAAAGCUGAAAAUGGAAUCCCCUCAUGCGAAGAAAUCGGGGGGUUUGAAGCUCCCAGCUGGCAUGUCCGGAACCUCACUCCGCCUCGACACCGCGCCAGCAUCUUCUUCUUUCCGUUCUUCCAUCUCGACCCUCAAUUCUCCUUCUUCUCUCCGCUCCAUCUCUAACCUCACAUCGCCUUCGAAAUCGAACUCGGCCUGCAGCGACCGGUUCAUCCCGUGCAGAUCCUCCUCGAGGCUGCACACGUUCGGGCUCGUGGACAGGCCGUCGCCGGUGAAGGAAGGGAGUAACGAAGCGUAUUCGAGGUUGUUGAAAUCGGAACUCUUUGGAUCUGACUUUGCUUCUCCUUCUCUUUCUUCUCUUUCUUCUCCUGCAGGUGCUGCUGCUCCUCCUUCGCCUCUCAGUCCCAGCAAGAACAUGCUCCGCUUCAAGACCGAUCACUCCGCCGCGCCUUCUUCUCCUUAUUCACCGUCCAUUUUGGGACAGCAGAAUGGCUUCACUUCUGACUCUUCCACACCGCCUCCCAAACCUCCUAGAAAAGUCCCCAAGACACCCCACAAGGUUUUGGAUGCACCAUCACUUCAAGAUGACUUUUAUUUGAAUCUGGUGGACUGGUCCACACAAAAUGUUCUUGCAGUGGGGCUAGGCACUUGUGUUUAUUUAUGGAGCGCUUCAAACAGCAAAGUGACUAAGUUAUGUGACUUGGGGCCUUAUGAUGGUGUUUGUUCUGUCCAGUGGACCCGGGAGGGUUCUUUUAUAUCAAUUGGUACAAAUCUUGGCCAAGUUCAGGUUUGGGAUGGAACUCAGUGUAAGAAGGUCAGAACCAUGGGUGGGCAUCAGACAAGGACUGGUGUCUUGGCAUGGAAUUCUCGCAUUUUGGCUUCAGGGAGCAGAGAUAGGAACAUACUUCAGCAUGACAUGAGGGUUCCAGGUGACUUUGUUAGCAAGCUUGUUGGUCACAAGUCUGAGGUAUGUGGAUUGAAAUGGUCCUGUGAUGACAGGGAACUUGCUUCUGGUGGUAAUGAUAAUCAGCUCCUGGUAUGGAAUCAACACUCUCAGCAACCAGUUUUGAGACUUACCGAGCACACUGCUGCUGUGAAGGCCAUUGCUUGGUCACCUCACCAAAGCAGUCUCCUUGUGUCUGGAGGUGGAACCGCUGAUAGGUGCAUUCGUUUUUGGAACACUACAAAUGGCCAUCAAUUGAACUGUGUUGACACUGGGAGCCAGGUCUGCAACCUUGCUUGGAGUAAAAAUGUGAAUGAACUAGUAAGUACUCAUGGGUACUCCCAAAAUCAGAUCAUGGUGUGGAAAUAUCCAUCAUUGACAAAGGUUGCAACUCUAACUGGCCACAGCAUGCGAGUGCUGUACCUUGCAAUGUCUCCUGAUGGUCAGACAAUAGUAACUGGUGCAGGGGAUGAGACUCUACGGUUUUGGAAUGUUUUCCCAUCAAUGAAAGCACCGGCCCCCGUUAAAGAUACAGGCCUUUGGUCACUGGGGCGCACACAAAUUCGAUGAUCCAUUUUUUAUGCCAUAUGGAAUAAGGAAGGGAAGAGAGGGGAGGAGGUAGAGAUGAGGAAAGAAGAAAGCUAUCUCAAUAAUUUGUAAUUAAUUAUAUCUGUAUAUGAAAUAAUAUUGCCAAUCAUUGCGAGUUUUCAAACACGGACAUAGGAACAUCAAUAUAUUGGUUUACUUGUAUAUUGAUGGUUUCAAUUCCUUGUAAAGUUCUCAAUAUUGUCAUUGUCAUUGUAAGUUUGCAACAUAUAUCAAACACGGACAGAGGAACUUGUAAAGUCUGCAUCUAAAUUCAGUUUACUUGUUAUAAUAAUAAUGGUUUCUCAAUUCAUUGUAAAGUUUUUAAAUAUAUCAAACACAGACAUAGGAACUUAUAAAUUGUAAUGUCGGCAUCUAAA